AAGGUGAACCAUAACAAAGACAUAUGCUUUUUUUAUAAAAUUACAGGUGCUUAUUUUAAUAUUUCCUCGACGUUGUAGAAACCAAAACAACACCUCGUGACGUAGUCGAAUAACGAGGAUAAACCAAGCAGUGUCUUAAGGUCCCGUACACACCAAAAAAUCACAAAAAGCAUAAACCAAACGUCCAGGACCAAACACGGCUUCCAAAGUAUCAGAACUUUAAUAAAUGAGCUUCAAAACUGGUAAGCGCUUCCAUGCCUCACAGUAGGCACUUCAUCGAAUGUCUGAUACUUUGGAAGCCGUGUUUGGUCCUGGACUUUUGUUUUAUGCUUUUUGAAUGAAUAUGCAUCUUGAUGUCUUCACCGACUGUAUGAAUAUUCAUCGACUGUUCGGCACGUUAGCUCGAGGUUGAAGUACAUACAUGGUGAGCAUUUCCCGUAAUGACAGAUGCCGUGGCUCACAUUUCAUCGGUUGAUCUUCUUGAUGGCAGUCUAACAGAACAGUGUGUACCCGUUGCUUAGCAACAACCUGCGCUAUCAGAUCCCGAGGAUUUGUUAGUAACUGAAGUCCUGUUGUAGUACAAGAACAGUGUUGUCAAUUUUCUAUUCAUUUUGCCUUGUGUAUAUUUAAUCUUUUGUGAACUAAAAAAGUUUAAUAGGUACCUGGAUCAAAACGGAUGGUUUGGUCAGCAGCCGCAAAGCAACACAGUGGUACUGCCUAAAAGAGUUACCUUGGGAAUGGAAACCUUUGUCCGUCCUCUGCGGCAACAGAUGGAUCACGCAAAUAGUUUGCUACUGCUUAGGCAGGUCAACCUUCCUUUUAGGAAGGGGCCGGAAGACAGAUACGACUUUGCCAGCUUUCAAGACAGAAACAACCGAGCUUUCAUCAAGUGCACUCCUCCGAUUAUUCCUUUGCAUGUGGAGGGCCCCCUAGUGGCGCCCCUUCGCGAUGACGUGCCUCUGAUUGACCCCUGCUCUGGGUUUAUGAGCGCUGGUGGGGAUGCUGACUUACAGCCGGGUGGACGUCGGAUUUCCCCAAUGGUAGAGAAAGGUCUCAAACCCAAUGAGACAAUCCCCAACGCACCUGGGAGAGCCCAGACUCCUCCUGUCAGACCGUCGGCUCCUGAGGAUGAUUUAGGAGAAGGGAAACAGUGGAAUUCCAGUGCGGUUUUGGAGGCUGCCUUAAGGGCAAGGUUAGGAGGAUGGACAAGCAGUGUUCGAGUCUCUCCAGCUCCACCUAAAGAACUUUGUAGCCUUUCAGCCCAUAGGUUUACAUUUAAUGUGAACCCAACAGCAAAGCAUUCAGCUGAUGCUGCAUCUGAAAACUGGAGGGAUGAAGCAGCAAGAAGAUACAUGUACUCUUCUUCAGCAAAAAGGAGCUAUGGAAAUGUCCCUUGGGAUGUAAAACUACCACCGAGAAUCAAACCUCCAAGUUCAACAAAAGAGAAGAUGGCUGAUCCAGUCUCACAACGUUUUACAUUGAAAAGAUAUCAGCCUGAAGCAGAAAUAUGGCAGGCUUUUGGGAAUGCUUGGGACAGCUUUCAAACAAGAACACCUAGCACAGUGACCAAACCAAUCACUUUUGUAAGUCAUUUUCCAAGAAUUCAUGAAAUUCCACUUUACAGUGGAUGUGUGGGUGCUGAGAACUUAGAAGAUAUAGACAACCCUGACAAGGAGAUUAUUUGUUUCACAAUUCCAAGAACAUUUCAGCCACAAUAUACCAGUACUGCUCACCGUCCGAACAUACCAGGAUAUACUGGAAAGGUCCACUGGACAGCUGUACAUCCAGCACACUCUAAGCUUCCAACACCAAUUUUCUCCACAACCACAGAGACUCCUGUAUACAUUCCAAACUCUGGAAGCCAACUUUCAUUUAAAAAACAAGGACCUUUUUCCCGAAUGGUCACCACUGUUUCUCCUUUCAACCCCUUCAACAAGGUGGAAGAGGAAACAAUUGAUUUUUAAAAAGCAAUAUCCCUGGAGAGCAGACAUCAUUCACAGGGUCCUGCUUAAAAUGCAGUAAUUUGUGUGUUUGGUAUAGCAGAAAUGUAUUAUUUAACUAAAUUCCCUUGUGAAAAGUGGAAUUUUAAAACACCAUUCUAGAAUUACAGUGGUAUGUGGUAUGUGUUUUCUUAAUGACCGUGUCUAUCUUUCAUUGUAGAAGCUUAAGUAUUAAUUUUUCUUAGCAAUAUGCUGACCACUGGCAACAGAACAUUACAGGUCUACAUAAUUCCAAAUGAGUGCUCAAAUUUUAGAAUAUUUCAGUCAAUAUAAGUUAAUUUCACUAACUUAAAAUAAUAUGGCACUCCUGUUACCUGAAAGCUAAUGUAUUUGUGCAAUGAUUUAAUGUAUGUGCUAUCUCAAAGACAAAAAUGUAAUGUUUAAAUAAUUUAAAUAAUAAACGAUAAAACAUCACCAGUUCCAUCCUAUAAGCAACAUGCCCAGAUACCAGCUGUGAAUAAUAAUUUCUUUUUCACUAAAAUGUAUACCUUGUAUGGUGUUUCUUCUUUAAUAUUAUCCAAUGCUUUAAAAGUCUCUUAAUAAAACUAUUAACAUUA